AUGAUUAAAUAAGCCAAAAUAAUGAGAGCUCUCACUUUGAAAUAAAUGAAUAAAACUCAAUUUAAACUAGUAAACCAACAUUUCUUUAAAUCGAUAGAAUAAAGUCUAAGGAAUGGAUUUUUUCAGAAGAAUUCUAAAAAUUCUUGUAUUAAAAAGUACUAAUUAAUUUAUAUAAACCUAGUAUGCUAAUUUUUACGUAGAACCAGAAUAUAACUUUUAGCAACAUAAUUUUUGCGAAUGCUUAGAUGUUACAAUCAUAAUUAAUUAAUAAGUAGCUGAAAUUAAUAGAGAUAAUAUAGAUUCCCAUUUUAAAGAAGGAAGGGGAACAAGAUUAUAUGAUAUUGAACAAAGUUUUAACCCAAAUCUUAUCUUUUUUAUUAUGUGUUAAGUAGUGUCAUUAAUAUCUAGUUCGAAAUGAAUAGAAAUAAAAAUAUUUAGAAAAGCAUGCAAUUAUCUUAGUACAGUGAGAUCGAUAUAAUGUUGACUAAUUAUUAUUAAUUAAUCUGAAUCAACCAGAAAAUUAACAUUAAUAAAUCUAUUAUAAAUCUUUACUUUGGAGGCGCUACAAUUACUUAAAAGAGAUUUAGCUAAUCUCUAAAGAUUUAUUUAAAAAAAACACAAAUGAUAUUAUCGAAACAAACUCAGAAAAAGUAUUAAAUAUAGUUCAAAAUAUAUCCGAAAUUGGAUCAGUUUUAUCCGGACCAAUAUCUGUGAUUGGAGAUGUUUUUAAAUGAUAAAUUCUGCCCUAGAUUUUGCAAUUGAUAAAAAAAAUGAACUUAAGUUUAAUAACAGAGUAAAAUUUCUUAGCGAAAUUUUAAUUCACUUUAACCUUGAUUCAUAAAAAUGAGAAAUUGAAAUGCAAAUGGCCGCAAUAAUUUUGGGAAAAUAAUAAUAGCUGA